UAUAUAACAAAUAAUUUGAGUAAUGCUAUGAUUGAGGAUAUUGAGUCUCAAGAACAUUAUGAGAGUGUUGUGGAUGAAGUCAGAGGUGAGAGGAUCAUGAUGGUCAUGUUCUACGCUAACUGGUGUGGUCCAUAUAAAUGUUCACUACCACAUGUCACGAGGCUAGCGGGAGAAAUGAAAGACAAGUGUACUUUCUACAAGUUAAAUGUGACGGAUCACGAGGAGUUGGUAAAGCUUUGUAGAAUUUUCGUGUUACCAACGUAUCUUGUGUGUGCUGAUGGAAAGGUGAUAGACAUGUUGGUGGCCCCAGGGCUGGAGAAACUCCGAAACAAGAUUGACUACCAUCAGAAACAACACCGCAGACAACUCCUUCACAGACACAGAUACCACAGGUCUGCGUACGAGGGUAACUACUGCAGGGAGGUUGUAGCUGAUGCUCCUCUGACGUAUCCGAUCAACAAAGGACACGUGAUGUGACGUCAUCGUAAUUCAUGACGUCAUCAAAUUUGGUGAUGUCACUAUUUGUGAUACAACAAUGCGGUGACAUCAAAUUCAUGAAACUAUUCCAUGUUUUCUUUUCAUGAUAGGUUUAUUGAGCAUGAUUUUGGUGACAGCGAAAUUUCUCGCCGGUAUAUUGUCGUUCAGGACGUCCGGGAAGAGCUAGCUCAAUAAAAAUCCGGAAAUAUUAUUCAAACACAACUGCAAGAUGGUUGUAUUUAUGUAAAUCAGUGGAAAAUAUGAUGCAUUAGACACUGCUUGACGCAAAUAUAUUUUUAACUGAAGUCUGAAAUCUGAAUGGUAGACCAGGUUUGAGAUCAAAGUUGGACCGAUGUUGUUUUACAGUGUGAAAUAGGUUAAAUAUGUGAAAUAUGUGGAAUGUUUCUAAUUCCUCGCAUGCCGCUCUGACGAAACACGUGGCAUGUUCUAGAAAUUACCACAAUUAACUCGUUUCUAUUUUGUUUUUUUCUUUAACUAGACCAAACAAACGCUUUGCUUUUUUCACUACAGUAGAAAAAGAAUCGAUUUUAUAUUGAGGAACUGUUGUAAGUUGUUGGUUUGUUUUUUUUUUCGUUUAUAAAAUUUCUAAAGUUUUGUUUGCCUAAAUCUGAAAGGUGAUAUUUAAGCUUCAUAGUCGAAUGUUACAAUGAGUGAUUUGUGAAUUGUUAUACAGUAAAACCCCGAUUUGUUCUACCCCGAGGCCCGAAUCCCCUAAACAACGAUUUACCACUACUCUUCCCUUUCCCCCAACAUUUUGGAAAAAGGUCUAAUCGUUUAGUUUGAUAGAUCCUUUGAAAUACGACUUAUUAAUGGGUCCUUGAUGAGCUUGUCAGGCUUGUAACUCCAACUAAUUGGCCCUUACUUGAGUGCUUGUGAACCAUAACUAUUGGGAACCAGUACUAAGUACUGUUCGGAGAGGAACCAUGUCAUCUGAUUUUCAUCCCGAUUUACCGAGCUAUUUUUCCUCCGCCAAAGUGUGCGGAAAAUUGGGUUUUUACUCUAUUGGAGUUUUACUGUAUAUGCUGAAUGAGGUUAAUGAACGUUUUGUUUGUCUGAUAUCGAAAAGUCGUUUUUUGAUUAAAUGGUUGGACAACAUAAUUUGAUUUCUUUGUGACUUUUGAAAAGUAGACGCAUCUUCGCGUAUAUAUAAUGUAGAUUUUAGACUCACUUUUAAAUAGGUUUUAAAUGAAGACC